GCCCGCGCUAGCCCCAUCAGGUAGAGGAAUGUCAUCGCGAAGGCCAUCCACCCAUGCCACCCAAUCUCGUCAUCCAAUUUUUUUUUUUUUUUGAUGCAGCAUGCUAGCGGCAAUUUCUUGUGUCAUGUUGCCCGUGGUCAUCCGAUUGACCGAUUGAGCCGCAAGAAGAACCACGUCCGACUUCUGGGCACCCUUCCGACCCCGACUGCCCGAUCCACAACACCCGGCCAUCCACGUCGCCGCCGGGGAAUCCCACCUUUGCGAUUCGGCAGCCCGACCCCACACCCAUACAGCAGCGACCUGAUGCGGUACGGCCUGUCGUCCAAAACACGCAAGCGCAUCAGUACCACUAGCAAAAUCCCAAACCCAAAAUCUUGACUGGAGUAGCUGUACUGCUGUUGUAGCCACGCAGCUGGGCGCACAUAGGGACCAGAAGGGGAAGAACAAUAACACAGACCAUGUCGUCAGCAACCUCCACCAUGAUCCCCCGCUUUCUCCUCCCACAGUACGGGCGCAUCUGGCAACGGCCCACCCAAAAGCUUAUCCAGCGCCGUCUCGCAUCCACAAAGUCAACAGCGGAAGCCAACACAACGCCAUCCGGCCAGCGCGUCCUCGCGAAACCCGAGCGCUUCAACCCUCCUUCACACGGCUCCCGACUCCCCAGCAAGAAAAACGUCCCGCGGCACUAUGGCGGCGACCUCAGCUUCCAGGAGAAGCAGGCCCAGGCGCAAAAGGAAUACCCGGGCCUGAUGCCCGGCGAGGGAACCUUCGGGUGGUGGUUCUGGAAUAACAAGUGGUUUCACAUGUGUUUGACCCUGGGGUCCCUCUUCGCCAUAGCCAUCUACACCGCAACCGAGAACUUCAAGCGCACCUCUCCCUUCGCCGACAUGCUCCCUGCCCGCGGUGACUUUUUCAGCCACCCUAUCGACUCCUUCAGUCACCUGGGCCAUGUCAUCCGGCUGCACGAGGCGCACAAGUCCGCCGAGAUCUCGGCCAGGAGACAGCGGGCCAUCGACGAUGUAGCCAAGCGGACCAUGUAUAGGAAGGCGCACGGCCUGCCCGAGGAGCAGGGCAUUGCGGGCUUCAUCAAGCUGAAGGAACCGGAGCGGAUUGCUAGCGUGUCGAGAGGGGUGUUGGAACCGGAGGCUACAGCGUCUGCCGCUAAGGCAGAGCCGCAGCAGCAGGAGAAGCAGUAAUGGGCCGUUGGUAACUUGAGGCGGAAGUGAAGGUGGUGUAAGGAACUUGCGGCUUGAGAUGGAAAUGAGGGAAUGGGGCGUGGGCAAUCAUAGCGUGGUAUUAGCGCUGUGAUUCCGAUCACGCUACCCCGCGGCUGUCUCCGGAAGAAGGUGGAAUGGAAAGAGGUAUAGUCUACGGAAGAGGAGAUGCUUGUGAUGACUAUGUGUACGAUUAAGUGUUAUUAAUGACUUAACGGGCAGCGGGCACAGAAAAGCAUGUUUAGCGUUAGAUUUUGGAAUAGGGGU